UUUUAAUCUCUAUCGUCUGCACCUUUCUCUCCUACUGCGACGGCGGACGGAGCGAGACGCGGAGAGAGAAGAGAGAGAGGAACGUCCUCGACUUGUCGGAUGGCGUUGAGGCGGGCGCUGGGGUGGUCGGAUGGCGAGCUGAUGCGGUCGGACUCGAAGCCCUGCUCCCGGCUGAUGCGCCACACCGCCGGCAUCUUCAGUGUCGGCGGCGCCUUGGGUUUCUGGAUCCUCUGUCGCCUCCACUACGGCCCAAGAAUAACAAUUCCGAGAAGUCUCAGGUGGGCUUCUUGUGGAGCAAUAUCGGUGAGCUCAACGUCAGUCCUGCUGGUCCGCCUCUUUAGUCCAGAGUGUGAACCUCAGAAUAUAGCUGCUUAUGACAAACCCAAAUGAGAUUGUUCUUUGCUUGCAUAACUGCAAUGUUUUUUAUAUCCAGUUCAGCAGCAUACUGUCAAACCACUUGAGAACUUCUCAUCAAAAGCUGCUAGCUGGAUUGGAUCUUGUGCUUUGGCAGGAAUUACUCUUGGAAGAAUUAUUUCUUGGACUAGUUGUUGAGAGGUCAUGGCCAAAUAAACUCAUAUAUUGUUCAAAGCUAUGAAGCUGUUCUUCCCUGUGUUUAAUGUCAGCAAGGCCAGUAAGAAAACCUUCAUGGUCUUCUUUAUAUAAGUUUUUUCUUGUAAUAUAUAUCAAAAGGCAGUAUUCUACUUUGCUUGGAAGUGCUUCAUAGUGAUGUCUUAUCGUCCACAAGGUUGUUGCUUUCUGUGAUAACCAAGAUGAUGCUUGUUGUUAGGCGAUCUCAUUGAUUUGAUGGACGGAUAAUUUUGAAAUGUUCUGAUGAAGAGCUGCAUUCUUGAA